AAAUAAGAAGAAAGAGAAGAGAAGGAAGAAGAAGAAGACGACGAAGAAUAUGACAUUUGAACAGGUCUUCAAAGCAGUGUGUAGGUGGGCAGAUCGUUAAACGUCAAGAUCAACCCUCCAACCCCAACAACAGGCUCUGUUUUCUCUUCUCUUUGCCAUUUUCACGCGGCACAGGAGGAGAGAGAGAGAGAGAGAGAGAGAGGGGAAGAUAGAAAAGUGAGUAAGAGAGGUGGUGGGUGGUUCAAAUGGGGAUUUGCUGGGCUUCUCCUUCCAAUAACCCAAGCCCUGUCUCUACUCGUCAAUUUAGUUCCACAGCAGUAGGGAUAUCUCAGACAACCAACAACACUACAUCUUCAGAUGAAACCAACAUCUCCGGAAACAGCCAGUUCUCGGCAGCGAGUGGCAGCGAUGAGAUAUAUCCCAAUGGGCAGAUCUUACCGACCCCCAAUUUAAGGAUCUUCAGUUUUGCAGAACUGAAGAAUGCUACUAGAAAUUUCAGAACUGAUACAGUGUUGGGAGAAGGAGGUUUUGGUAAAGUUUACAAGGGUUGGCUUGAAGAGAAGGUGAUAUCCAAGAACGGUAGUGGAUCAGUUGUUGCUGUCAAGAAGUUGAACUCUGAGAGCAUGCAAGGAUUUCAGGAGUGGCAGUCUGAAGUCAAUUUCUUAGGAAGGCUUUCUCAUCCAAACCUCGUUAAGCUAUUGGGAUACUGUUGGGAAGAUAAAGAGCUACUCCUUGUCUAUGAAUUCAUGCAAAAGGGCAGUUUGGAGAACCACCUUUUUGGAAGGGGAUCUGCUGUUCAGCCACUUCCAUGGGACAUACGGCUUAAGAUACUAAUAGGAGCAGCUCAAGGCCUGGCAUUUUUGCACACAUCAGAUAAACAAGUGAUAUAUAGAGAUUUCAAGGCGUCAAAUAUAUUGCUUGAUGGGUCCUACAAUGCCAAGAUUUCAGACUUUGGUUUAGCAAAAUUGGGUCCCUCGGCUAGUCAAUCACAUGUGACAACACGGGUUAUGGGCACAUCUGGCUAUGCUGCUCCGGAGUAUGUUGCCACAGGGCAUUUGUAUGUGAAGAGCGACGUGUAUGGUUUUGGCGUUGUAUUGGUUGAGAUGCUAACAAGCUUACGAGCAGUUGAUCAAAACCGACCAAGUGGGCAACAUAAUUUGGUUGACUGGGUCAAACCAUACUUAACUGACAGAAGAAAGUUGAAGAACAUAAUGGACUCGCGGUUGGAAGGAAAAUAUCCUUCCAAAGCUGCACUGCAAAUAGCUCAGCUUGCUCUAAAUUGUCUUGGAACUGAACCCAAAACAAGGCCGUCAAUGAAAGAAGUUUUGCAGACACUGGAACGGAUUGAUGCAGGCAAUGAAAAACCAAAGGAGCCUAGAAUUAAUUCUACACGCCAUACUGCUAAUCGACGUGGCCAGCAGCGUUUGCAUCAUCGAUCUCCACUUCACCCUUGGCAAGACGGAAAUCAGUCCUAUCAACUCCCACCACGAUCAUCGUAACUUCAAUACACCACUUCCAAUGAGGGGCAGGUUUUGAAUAUAUGUUUGCUGAUUAUUAUUGUUAUAUCAAACGGUCCCUGUUUCUUCUGUUAUGUGAGCUCAUGAAAAUUGUAAUGAGUUUUGUUGUUCUAGUGCUGGGUUGUAUUCCAUAGAUGUGGAUCUUAUUCUUGUGCUUGGAUAUGUAGCAUGGUCAUUAUAUGUACACUAAGAGGAAAUUAUAUGGAUUGAUAAAAUUUGUAGAUUGAUUGUAUACAUUGUUUCGUGAAUUUAAACAGUUGAAAUGAGGGAUUGUGA